GCGAAGAAGUGGAAUCAACUUGUUGUCCCUGGUCGAGAAUCAGUUCAGCCGCCGUCUUUAUGUAGGAAAACCUCCGGUGUUUGCUUGGCUACGCUGAUCCUGGGUCGCUGAAAGAGCCCCCCGCUCCUCUCCCCUGCUCUGGUCAGCUCCUACGGCCCUGCUUUUUCCUUCCACUCCACUUUCAGAAACAGCAGCCGGCCCCUCCGUUUCCCACGCCUCCACGCCACAAGCUACAAGAAAACUUAGUGAAUCAGCAAAGGUUUUAAUAUGCGGAAACGACCACUUUAAAACGUCGUCAAUGGAUGUUAUGCAUCAUACAAGUUGGACUAACAACAGGGGAAAAUAGGUAAACAGGGCCUCUACUUUUUUUUUUUUUUUUUUUUCCUCCGGACCACUUGCACCGGGGGGGCAUCCAAACUUUUUCCGUCGGUGGGUGCGAACGGGUUAUGACUGCGCUCGCUUUUAUUGUUGUCAUUUUCCUUUCAGUUUGAUUAUCCUUGCCACAGAAAUAAGCCACAAGACAGCAGCAGCGUGUGGAUUUUACUGCCUGGAUUUGUAUCUCUCCAUGUUGUGUUACAUCGAGCUUUUUUUCUCCGUGCAGAGACGCUCCGAGGAGGACUUUCUGCUGCCCGACCUCAGGAAUUCACAGCUAGAAAAUGAGCCGUCAAUGAACGCUGUGUAACGAUAGUUAGCUAGCUAACUAGCUAGCUGGUUUUGGACAGUGUUGUUUGGAAAACAUAAAUAAUUGGCUGCUUAAGCUGUGAUGCGUUGGACUCUUUCAGUAGACAGUUAAACAUAUUUCCAAGGCUGCACGGUCUUGCUGGGUGUUUAUAAAGACGGUGGCCGACCACCACGUCUUGGUCUAAGUUAGCUGAACAAAACAGUGUAGCUGUUAUUGCUAACGCUAGCUACAUUUUGGAAGUCCCAACAUGCCGCAGCUGAACGGGGGAGGAGGAGAUGACUUGGGAGCAAACGAUGAACUCAUAUCUUUCAAAGACGAAGGGGAACAGGAGGAGAAGAUAGCGGAAAAUGUGUCCGCCGAACGGGAUCUGGACGACGUCAAGUCCUCCUUGGUCAACGAGUCCGAGAACAACAGCAGCUCGUCUGAUUCCGAGGCUGACAGACGCCCUCAGCCCAGACCAGAUUUGGAGAGCUAUGCCAGACAGAGAGAGCUCUUUGUGGAAGCUUUGAGGAGACAGCAGGAUGGAGGACUCUUCAAACCCUCUCCUUAUGCUGGCUAUCCCCUCCUUAUGAUCCCAGACCUUGCUAACCUCAGUAAUCUUGGUAACCCCUACCUCGCCAAUGGAGCCCUCACACCAAGUGCCAGGACGUACUUGCAGAUGCAGUGGCCUCUUCUAGAAGUCCCGGGAUCAGCAGCUCUCAAAGACCAUCGCUCCCCCACUCCUACCCACCUGUCUAAUAAGGUACCAGUGGUGCAGCACCCCCACAUGUCCCACCUGUCCCCGCUGCUUUCCUACAGCCCAGACCCCUUCCCCUCUCAGACACCUCCUCCUCACUUCUCUCCUGACACAGGUAUCUCCCGGACUCCCCACCCUGCAGAGCUCUCCCCCUACUACCCCCUGUCUCCCGGAGGCAUGGCCCAGAUCCCACACCCCCUUGGAUGGCUGCAGGGCCAGUCUAUGUAUCCCAUUGCAGCGGGGGGAUUCAGACCCUCUUAUCCUGCCGCUCUCGCCAUGAAUGCUUCGAUGUCCAGCCUGGUGUCCGGUAGCUUCUCCCCGCACUUGGUGCCAGCCCCCCAGUCCUCCAUCCCCCACCCUGCCAUCGUUUCCACAGCAAUCAAGCAAGAGCCCAGAGACAGCAGUCAGCAUGGGAAGAGUGUAUCUCCUGCUCAGAAAGAGAGGGAAGAGGAGAAGAAGCCUCACAUAAAGAAGCCGCUGAACGCCUUCAUGUUGUACAUGAAGGAGCAGAGGGCCAAGGUGGUGUCUGAGUGCACGCUAAAAGAGAGCGCCGCCAUCAACCAAAUACUGGGACGACGGUGGCACUCUCUGUCCCGUGAGGAACAAGCCAAGUACUACGAUCUGGCUCGCAAGGAGAGACAACUCCACUCCCAGCUCUACCCCGGCUGGUCGGCCAGAGACAACUACGGUAAGAGGAAGAAGAGAAAGAGGGAUAUCGGAAAGACUGACUCUAGGCUAGAAGUGACGGCAGAGCACUUCUCACCGCAGCCCAAGAAGCCCUGUGUGCCAUCCGGAUCUCAGGAGAAGCCCCACACACACACUCACCUGACACACACACACCUGUCCCAGGCCAGCCCCGCCUCUUCCCUGGAUUCACCAGCCACACCAACCACAGCACUGGCCUCCCCCGCCGCACCGGCCCCGACACACACCGAGCACACACACUCACACAGCCACAGCGAGCACACGUCACCGUACACAGAGCAGGUUCAGCCGCUGCCUCUCACUACCAAGCCUCACAGGCCUCACAGGGACGCCCACAGCCACUCUCACUCCCUCAUCCGCAGCACCAAAACUUCAGGGCCACCCACCCCCUCUCCAUCCUCUGACCCGCCCACCUCUUCCUCACCUUCCUCCUCUCACACACCCUACUCUCCUCACAUGGGUUCAUCCAGUAGCAAAACUCCUCCGCUCCUCUCUCGUCCUUUCCCCUUACCUCCCGUUCUGGCCCCGCCUACCUCCGUUCACCAAUCAGUGCUGAGCUCCCAUCGUGCCUUAACCCAAUCACAGCCACUCUCACUAGUCACUAGAACCAGUCACUAAAGCUGCAAGGAGCCUCACACUGCAACCACAGGUGUGGGAUCAGAGUACUUCUUUACACAGACCUGAUCGAUGUGAGAGACAAAAUGACAUCAUGACAAAAGGGUCAACUUUUACCUUCCCCUUUUUACCUCUUUUUAAAGCUGUAAAUAAGCUUCUUUUUUUAAGAAAAAAAACAAACAAAAAAAACUUUUAUAGAUAAUAGAUCACAUUUUAUAUUAGUAUGAAUAGGAAAAAAAAUAUUGGUCAAUAUUUGACUACAUCUUUCUAACGUUCUUCAUGAAACAAUGUAUUUUUUGUAAGUCUAUUUUGCAUGAUCUCACCUUUUCUCAUUUCAUUUUCUGAAUGAUCAACUUAACUACUUUUUAAUGGCAAACAAAAUGUGGUGUCAGGAUUUGUUUAAUAUGCUUUUUUGUUGGUAGUAAUGAGUGUAGAUUUAUUUUCAUUUUCGGGUUUUCUAAAGCCCCCUCUCCACUGUGUUAAUAAAUAUUCAUUGAGUUCUGA